AUGUCCUCGUUUAGGCAGCGAGGCGUGUGUGUGUGUGCGUGCGUGCGUGCGUGUGAUCGCUGGGUGGAGCAGCAGUGUAAGGCAGGUCUCGUCUCUCAUUGCGGCGGCUGGAGAUCCAUCGAGCGGCGGCGGAACGUCGCUCCGGCGUCCGUGUGCGUGAAGAGCAGGUGGAGGAGGAUGAUGAUGAUGGAGGAAUCCGACAGCAUCCCCUGCACCGCGGAGGACGGACUCCUGUCGAGCUGGAGAUGGAACAGAACCGCCAGGGAUCAGGUCCAGAUCAAGCAGAAGAUCCGAGAUCUGCCCGGAUUGUUAAAGCACGGACUGAACCUGCGCAAAAAGAGCCAGUCACCUGACACCAUCCCCAGGACCCAGCACAGGGGUCACACCCAAACCCAAGACGUGUUCUCAGAGUUUUUCCCUGCGCUGGACGCUUGCGUUGAGAAAUGCCUUUCUGUCUCAUGGACCGUAUCAAGCAAAAGACAAAGAUCCCACCUCGCCAGGAUUAUCAGGAGGCGUUAUGUUGGUUGUGGAAGCUGGUCCAGUGGCUUCGGGAGCCAUGUGUGCCACCUGUGGUCGGUUCAGUGCAGGUUAAUGGCGUCUCGUGUCUGGCAGGUGCUGCUGGAGCUGGGAAUACUGCACUCAGUCGACCAGCGGCUGGGGUUUGAAGAGGGACGACUCCAAACACAUAUUAAUCAGUUUCUAGUUUCGAGGCUAUGCGACGCUCAGGGCUGUGAAAAAAAAUUCGUAACGAGGGACGGAAUGGCAGAACGGUGUCCGUUCUUCUGCUGCAGCGCGUCUCCCUACGUCCAGUUCAGGGUCGUCAGCCCGUAA